AGUCGGCCAGCAACAUGAACCGCCCACCACCGCUUGAGCCCCCGGCGCAUUUACGCAAUAAGCGUGUUUGUUAUGGCAGCUAAGAUAAAAGAGUUAGGUAAAGUUACUUAGAUUAUAGAGUCCUACCUCGGGGGUCAGCAGCUCUCUAAAUACUUCCACUACGCGCAAAAGAAAAUAUAUUUACGCUUGCAUAAAGCACAACAUUGCGUGGAGGAGUUGCAUGGAGAUUGUGCAAGUAUCUUUGUGAGAGCGGACCCCGGAAGUACGGAGAUAACGGCGAUGAUAAUUUACUUUUGGUGCGGGUUAAUCCAAGGUGAGAGGCUCUCCUCCUCCAAACAACGCCUUGAAAUCACCGAGGGACGGACUGAGCAGGUCGUUAUAAUAAAUGUCACAUCUCCCCUUGGCAGGACAUCCUCAUAAGGAGUUUGACAUUAAGAAUCGCAGUAACAGGAAACACACGGCUCCGCGGCUGCAGCCUCAAAAGUCUGAGUUGCUUUUGCCCAGUUGCACAUAUCUGAACCGGUCCUGACGCUUUUACUGACAGCCGACUCGGCUUAUCAACCUGCGAGUCAUCAUGUGUUCAGUCGUGAAAGGGGCGAAACCGGUGCAACAAGCUCUGGCCUUCACGCUUCACCUCCGCACAAAGACAGCGGCUUGGAGUUGUGCUGCAACCCGGAGCAGAGUCCUCUAUCCCGGCGUGCACACCAGCAGCAGACCGUACUGCUCCCGGAUGGCGCUGGGCGAGAGACUCCUCUUCAGACAGCUGUUUGAGUCAGCGAGCAGCACGUACACCUACCUGCUGGCAGACACACAGACCAAGGAGGCGAUCAUCAUCGACCCUGUGCUGGAGACACUUGACAGAGAUCUGAAGCUCGUAGACGAACUGGGAGUCAGGCUGAAGUUGGCAGUAAACACCCACUGCCAUGCAGACCACAUCACAAGCACAGGGCUGAUGAAGAAGAGACUGCCGGGGUUGAAAAGCGCCAUUUCCAAAUUCAGCGGUGCCUCUGCAGAUGUCCACCUAUCUGACGGAGACAAGAUCAACUUUGGAAAACAUCAUCUGUCAGUGAGGGAGACUCCAGGACACACAGAUGGGUGUGUGACUCUGGUGAUGGGGGACCAGAGCAUGGCCUUCACCGGCGACGCUCUGCUCAUCCGAGGCUGCGGCAGGACGGACUUCCAGCAGGGCUGCUCCAAAAGGCUCUAUGAAUCAGUCCAUCAGAGGAUCUUCACACUGCCUGAUCACUGCCUCAUCUACCCAGCACAUGACUACAAAGGUCAGAUGGUGUCUACGGUUGGUGAGGAGCGCAGGUUUAACCCACGCUUGACCAAAAGCCUUGAGGAGUUUGUGGAAAUCAUGGAAAAUCUUAAUCUCCCCAAGCCUGCUAAGAUAGAUAUUGCAGUGCCUGCCAAUCUGGUUUGUGGAGUCCAUGAAGUUUGAGUGCCGAUUUUCAUCACACAUCGACAUGCAAACAAAAUGAAAUAAGAUUUACAUAUUUACCUCGGAGCAAGAUUCACUAAAAAAAGCACUUGAUUGUAAUUUAAUGUAAAUUUAAAGGUGUGUAUGUCUGAACAGUUUCUCCUCUGAAUCUGACUGAUUAAUAGCUGUAAUUAUCAUUUGGUGGCUUGCCCACUGAAGACACCACUAUCAUGCUGAAAAUAGAAACCCGAUCAGUUAUAUGUUUAUUUUUACACGACUACUACAGAACUCUACACAGGGAAAGACGUAAAGAAAGUAAUCUGUAUGACUAAUGAUAAGUUAUUUUUGCAAUAAAUUUUUAUCACAUUUAAA